AUGAUUGUGGAAUGUUCUCUAUCAAAUCGGCUGAAGCAUAUUGCAUUUGGCAUCCCACUGGACUUUCAGCAGGGUAAUAUUGAAGAUUUUCGGUACUCCACCAUAUUAAGUUUGUUUGCUCAGAAGGUGGAAGUUGACUACCAGUAUUGCGAACUUCCAGAAGCUGCAAAGCUAAAGGGACAUACACAGCACACUACAGCGAGAAUUGAUCAGAAUGUCACAUUAGAAAUGAAUGAGGAAAAAGUCUGCAAAACACAAACUGAUGAUACUAUGAUGUACCCACACACAUCAAACCCUCAUUGCCCUGUUGGACCACAGUUAUGCAAAAAUGGGCGAUAA